AUGGUUGUACUCUUCCACAAUAUUAAUGGAGGAGGUGUGGGGUCUCAGAUGGAGCAGCUACAUGCACGGCAGGCUUUGCUGUAUAAAGAGUAUAUACUUUAUUUUAGAACAAUUAAUAGAAAAAUUUUACUUCCUUUUGUCACUAAACUUAAUAUAUGUUUCUCUCUGCCAGGAAUUGAUUUUAAAAUCCGAACAAUAGAAUUAGAUGGAAAGAAAAUUAAACUUCAGAUAUGGGAUACAGCAGGGCAAGAGAGAUUCCGCACAAUCACAACAGCUUACUACAGAGGAGCCAUGGGAAUAAUGCUGGUGUAUGACAUCACAAAUGAGAAGUCAUUUGACAACAUUAAAAACUGGAUAAGGAACAUAGAAGAGCAUGCCUCUUCAGACGUGGAAAGAAUGAUCCUGGGUAAUAAAUGUGAUAUGAACGAAAAGAGACAAGUCUCAAAAGAAAAAGGAGAGAAGUUAGCAAUAGAUUAUGGAAUCAAAUUUCUGGAGACAAGUGCUAAAUCCAGUAUAAAUGUGGAAGAGGCAUUCUUCACACUUGCUCGGGAUAUAAUGACAAAACUCAACAGAAAAAUGAAUGACAACAGUUCACCAGGGGCUGGUGGACCAGUGAAAAUAACAGAAAAUCGAUCGAAGAAGAGCAGCUUCUUUCGAUGCACGCUACUUUGAUGAACUCCUAAUGAUAGACUGCAGCACAUUUAGAAGAACCUUUUCUGCUUCUUUGAAAGCACAGGGUCACAAAGCCUCAGAAAUAAUACCACCAAGCUGCUGCUGAGAGCUUCAAUGAACGUUGACUGCGUUAAACAAAAUACCAGGUGGAUUUUGCUCACUAAGCCCAUUGACCUGUCAGGCUCCUUUUCUCAAAUGUGGAAGCAAUGAAGUGGAGAUACACAAAUGCAGGAGUUAAUUUUCUUCAUUACUUUCUGUUUUGAUGUCUGUUGCAAAUGCUGCUACAUUUCUUUUAACUUUGCACAUCCAUAUUAGCCUUUUAUUGCCUGUUACAGCACAAUCUAACACUUCAGUUUGCACAUCUUAUUGUCCUGUAAGUAAAUUCUUUAACCGAUUUGUGCAUUCUUUUACAAAUUUAUUUUUAAAUGCAAGAAGGAAAAGAUUAAAUCACACCUCCUGUAGUUUUUGUUCUUCACAUGUGAUCAUGUCUGCAGUAUGGAUAUAUUCAAGGUGUUGGGGUUUAUUAAAACAAAUUGCCAUUUAAGAACUUGAGAAACUGAAUUAAAAAUCUGUACAAGUGCACAAAUCCAUUCAUACAAAGGCUACUGCUGCUUCUAGUCUGAAUGUAGGAUGUUUCUUUACUAUUUGAUUUUAGCAACCUAAAAAAAUCUAUUUUAGAGUAGAUUUGUUUUCUAAGCAUACAUGGUUCUUGUCUCAGUCCAGUGCACUCUUUAAAGCAUGUGAAUAAACCCCAGUGAUCAUUCUUCAUCUAGCUUCUCCUAUUAGCCCAGCUCACUUGAUCCUUUGCCUUUGUUCUUGUUUCUGAUAAUUCUUAAGUUGAAAUCUUCAGCAUAGCAUAGGUGGACAUCUUAGAUAUCACUUACAUUAUUUGUCUUGGCUAAAUUGAAAGAGGAUAUUCAUACUAUGGAGAACAGAAUCCAGAGGAGUUUUUUAAGAGUAACUGCAGCUCCUAAGGGUGAAUUAGUGAUGCUGAGGGUGUUCCCAUCACUCCUGUAAACCAUGAUGGCAAAAGCAUGCCCAAACAAAUUUCCUGUGUGAUUGCCCAAUCAGUAAAGAAAAUGAUGCACCCCAGCUUAUAACACACAUUAUGUAGCUGACACUGAAUGCGGAAAGCUUUCCGUCUGCACAGGCAACGGUAGAAGUUAACCAUCAGAAAGUGGCGCAGUGCUAGAAGCCAAGUUGAAGUUGCCUUUUUUACUCUUCUGAAUACCUGCAUCCUAGUUUGUGUGUUAUCACUUGCUUGUUUUUUCAAAGCUCUCUCUCCAUGAAUGAUUACAAUUGGUGCUUUAGUUUGUUGUGCCAAACUUGGACCAUUGUUAGCUUUAACUACCAGUUUGACAGUGUUCAGCACUUUUGUUAUGAGGGGCAGGUGGGUUGUCUUGUUGACAAAUUGCUAACUUUUCUCAUGUGUCUGCUUGUUUCACAACAGUCACUUAACUUUGUGGUAACCACCAAUCCAUUGUGUAAUAGAUCACUCUGUCAGCUUGGGAUGUCACAUAUUGAAUUUAUUAUCUUGCCAUCUGUCAAAUAUUUUGAAACUAAGAAUAAGUUCUUGGGCCAUCAGCAGUGAAUCCAAAAAGUACUUUGAUUAGUGAGUGUCCUGAACAGACUUGAGAAACUUCAUCUGGUUCAUCAAAGUUUAAGUGGCUUUCUACCAUUCUUCCCACACUGCCACUUACUUGCAAUCAAAGCGAUCCUUAUAAGUUGAUGUGAUUUACAGUCUCCUAUUCUUACAAAACUAAAAGGUGCAGCAGAAUUCUUGAGGUAGCAAGAUUGUUCAAAUAAAAACCACCAUAGCUGCUCUGGUGUACAUUUAGCAUUUUUCUGGGAGAGGCUAAUGCAGUUAUGUUUUCUGUAUGGUAAUAAAGUGCUUGCUAUACAGCAACUGUUAUGACUCCAAUUAUGAAUGUUGUGAAUUUUUAAUAAUUUACCUCUGACUGACUUGGUGUUGUACCACUUGGAUUUUUUCUCAGGGGUUGUCUGCAAACCAAAACUGACAUGUUCUGUGGUUGGCAAUUUUUACAGAAUGCUUUGCUUAUGGUAUAUUUUCUCUGUCUUCUGUUUGAUUCUGUGUCCAAACAAGAUUUAGUCUCCAUAAACUUCCUUUUUGAAAGAGCCUGUACGUGAGAGUUUAUCAAGUGCUUCUUGACGCAGCAGCAAAUUGGGGUAUCUGCUCUGUUGUAUUAAAAAGAAAAAAAAAAUCCUUGCUAUUUUCUUACAUUUAGCUGUGCUAAACUGUACAUAAAUUUGAGGUAAGACCAUAGGAAAUUCACUUUAUGCAUGAUAAAAUGAUGCAGUAAAUAUAUCACUUUGCUUAAUGUUCAUAUAAUGCUCAUCUUUUUCAAUUUUUAUAGAAGGAUUUAGUGACAGAUUAUUUUUGUCUGCUCCCUCCUGAAACUGAAAAACUCCAGUUUCAUGUGAAAACAUUAUGGUCUUAUGGGUAAGGUAAAACAGUUUUGGGGUUUUUUUUGGUUUUUGUUUGUUUUUUUUUUUUUUUUUUUUGGCAGCAGUAUUAACUAGUUGAGGGGCCGCACUUUAUCAGUGUGUUAACUUUUGAUAACGGUCAGCAUAGACCUUUCCUCAUACAGUCUGUUGUCAGACAUAGAAAAAUGUGCUGUAUUAUAGCAUGUAAAUCAGCUGAUUGUUUCACUGGGAAAUUUUUCUAGAUAUAUUUUGCUUUAGGCAAGCAGACAAAUAAUAACUGUUAUGUCUGAGCAUCAGUUGUUGGGUGCUGCAGGUUUUUCUAGUACCUGUAUGAUUGUUGUAACUAUAAUAAUUUUUGAAGGACUCUUUAACUAUACCUCAGCUAACUAAUGUUCUAAUAUCCAUUAAAACAAGUUGAUCCAACCACCAUUCUUUAUACAAAGCAGCAAAUGUGCAACAUGCCUUGCUCUAGAGACCUCCAUUAGCCUUUAAGGAAAGGCGGGCAUUGUUAGGAAUAGAACCUAUUGGCUUAGUUGUUUGAGGGUUUAGUCCUCCACAGCUCUCUUCUUCCUUCCCAGUUCAUGUAGUUUGUUCUGUUUUUUCUCAAUGGUAAGAAAACAAAAUCUGAAAAUAUAUGGUCUCAAUGCUGCUUUCGUUUUCAAUCCUGUGAUCAGCAAGCCAUGCACAUAAAAGUGCUUAGGUCUUGUUGAGUAGACAUAGAAUACUUGAUUUAGAUUUGGUUAUUAAAAUUUCUUGAAGUGAAUGUUAAAACUUCAAAACCACAUAUUUAAAUGUGAUGCAAUUUACCAUUGUUGGCUUUGGGGGUUUCUACUGUAGUUUUAGUCUACAGGUUUUUCAAAAGUGCAGUUCUAUAAAUGGGAUCUUUUCCUGUCACAAGUGCAUUUCCUCUUUUUGUGAGAUCGCAUCCAUUAUUUUCACAAGCCAAAAGUGGAGGAAGGGUAUAUUUUUAAAAUAUAUUUUUUUCUGCAAAGAACUCUUGAUGUCUAGCAACUUUGAAAAGACACCAAUAGCAUGUAAAAUGCAUAAAUGUGUUGCUAACUUGUUGAAAUGCAUCGGUCAUCUGAUUAUGUAAUCAAGUGAAAUUCACAAGGUUGAAGUUUAUGGAUAAGCUGUUUGCAGAUAUUGGCUCCUUCCCUCUGCUGUCCUCGACCUGCUUGUGCCACAUUACUCUUAUUAAUAUACCUUGUAUUUCAACAUGCCAUGUAAAGGCAGGGCUGACCACUUUUUUCUUUGUUUCCAGUGAAUUUAAAUAUGUAGUGCAUUCCUAUGGCCUUAUAAACAUAUUUUGCAAAUGACACUUUUACUUGGGAUUGCAAUUAUUUUAAUGCAAUAUACGAUUACUAAAUUCAGAUUAAAAAGCAUGACCCUAAAGAAAAUGCUUAACUUUCAAAUAUAAUUGUUCUACCAUGUGUGUUUAAGCACAUUUUAUCUCUGCUCCAAAGGUGUAAUGUGAAACUCCUGCAGAUAAAGUGGACUUGUCAUGUUAACCUGUAAACCUAAUCAUUGUGUACUGAUACUGUGUUUAAAAAAUGGUUUUAUUAUUCCAUGUGAACCUUUUUUACAACAAUGUGCAUCUCAAAUAAAAUUACAUAAUGAAAAGUACUCAGCUUCUUCUAUAAAGUAACGCUAUGUAACCAGACUUGGAAUAGAGUGAGAAUGCAACUUGCAUAACACAUGAUUACACAUUGGAGACUGUCCAAUUUAACUCAUGUCUCAGGUUUUGUUUAAUGUCAAUAAACUUCCUGAAUAGCC